UUUCUCCUUUAGAAGAUGAAAGCCACUGAAUACAUGGCCCCAGAGAAUCUCACCCCGGUGACUGAGUUCAUUCUCAUGGGAGUCUCAGACCGCCCAGAGCUCCAGAUUCCACUCUUCUUUGUUUUCCUGGUGAUCUAUGGGCUGACCGUGGCAGGGAACCUGGGCAUCAUCACCCUCACCAGUGUUGACUCUCAGCUUCAAACCCCCAUGUACUUCUUCCUCAGGCACUUGGCUAUCAUCAAUCUUGGCGAUUCUACUGUCAUUGCCCCGAAAAUGCUGGUUAACUUCUUGGCUUCAAAGAAGACCAUAUCCUACUAUGGAUGUGCAGCCCAACUGGGUGGGUUCUUAGUCUUUAUUGUGGCUGAGAUUUUCAUGUUAGCUGUAAUGGCCUAUGACCGUUAUGUGGCUAUUUGCAAUCCUCUGCUCUACAUGGUUGUGGUAUCUCCACAGAUCUGUCUGCUGCUGGUGGCUGUCCCCUAUGUCUACAGUGCCUUUCUUUCUCUGAUAACCACCAUAAAGAUAUUUAUGUCAUCCUUUUGUGACCAUAACAUCAUUAAACACUUUUACUGUGACAGUCUUCCCUUGUUAACUUUGCUGUGCUCAAGCACACGUGACAUUGAGUUGAUAAUACUGAUCUUUUCAGCAUUUAAUUUGGUGUCAUCUCUUCUGAUAGUGCUUGUCUCCUACAUCCUGAUCCUGAUGGCCAUCCUCAGGAUGAAUUCUGCACAAGGCAGGCACAAGGCCUUCUCCACCUGUGGAUCCCACCUGACAGUGGUCAUUGUGUUAUAUGCCACUCUCUUCUUUAUGUACGUGCAACCCAAAUCCAGUCAUUCCUUUGAUACUGAUAAAAUUGCGUCUGCAUUUUACACGUUGAUAAUACCUAUGUUGAAUCCCAUGAUCUACAGCUUGAGGAACAAAGAGGUAAAAAGUGCCUUGUGUAGGAUAUGGAAAAAUCUGCACAAACUGCCUAUGUAG